GCUAAACCGGAAGUGCCAUGUGAGCCGUCACUUUCAUUUACUUUCCAUAUUUGAGUGAUAAACAUUGCAUCUAAUUAUACACAAAAUGUAUACGGUCAAACCAUACUAUGAUACCGAUGUAACAAUAUCAGUGCCAAGUAAUAUGUACAGACUGCAGAAUAUACACCAAGCAGAGAAGGGUGUGUGGGUAAUGGAUUGCAAUACCGAUGACCUUGACCCGGUGACAGCACUAGAGAGGAGACAGGAAGUCAUACUAGAGAGACUGGAAGGUCUGAAACACAUUUUACAAGGAUUGAAAACAAGGUAUAAAUCUGCGGAUACCCCUAGCACCAGUGUAACAUCUAAGGUACCAGCAAGCAAGAGGGAAGCAGGGAAACCGAUGGAUCUGGGCGAUGGGGUCCUUGAUUUGGUUGUGAAUGCUGAUCCUGACCAGGUCCCAUUUUCUUUGUUUGUUUUGUUCAAACUUCUUCAAGAAAAGUUUCGAGUUCGGGGAGCCACACAUGUUCACUCAAGUGUAACUUCUAAAUGUCCCACCAAUCUGUUUCCCCCCAGCGAUGGACGAUGUGACUACCAAAUUAUCCUUACUCUGAUAUGGAAGAAAGUAUCUAAUGGUCCUGAGUUGAUAGUCAAUCCUUCUAGACAGUCUGUCAUACAAGGGGAGGUAAACAUUGUCCGCUACAUUAGACGACUCUUGGACCCCUCGGCAGAAACGGAGGAUCCCUUGACAAUGGCGACCUGUGACGAGCUGCUGGACCUGGUCCAGUCUCGGAUAAUUGACGGUAACAACAAGGAGAGAGAUGCAGCCCUGAGAACACUCAAUGCCAGACUCGGGAGAACAUCAUGGCUGGUGGGAGACUCGCUAUCGUCUGCGGACAUAGCGGCCUGGUCCGGCAUCAAUCAAAGUAAACUCUCCUCAGAUCUGCCUGUCAAUGUCAAGAAAUGGUUCAAAGCCUGUGAUAAUAAUGCCAUGUUCCAGUCAGCCAGGCGGGUUCUACUGUAGUGUCAUCUAACUCUUUACAAAUGUGUGUGUGAUAAAUUAUGAUUGUUUGAAAUAAAUGUUUAACUAAUUUG